AUGGAAGCUCAUCAUCGAACACAGGACUUUGAAGAAACAGAUGGUUAUGCUGAUAACUUGGACUUGUACCAGCAGCUAUACAGCUAUGCUACUCAUGGCAAUACAAAUAAAUUUCACGACACUAUUGAAAAGAAGCUUCAGGAUCCCAAUACUCGCGUGCAGUUGUUGUCUCGACGGAGCCCCCAGAAUAACACAUUUGUUCACAUAGCUGUGAGCUCCGCCCAUGCCGAACUAGCAGCUGAGAUCUUACAACAACACAAGCCCCUUUUGUUAGAGAAAAACUUUGAAGGUGACACCGCGCUCCACAUUGCGGCCAAAUCCGGGGAUAUAGAUAUGACAAUAAAUACUCUUCUCCGCGAAGCACGAGGAACGACAGACUUUGAAAAUAAUGGUGAUGUAUUGACAUUGCUGAGGAUGAAAAAUAAUGAGGAAAAUACUGCCCUGCACGAGGCCCUAAUUCGAGGUCACCAAUCAGUAGCCAAGUGUUUGAUAGAGGCCGAUCCUACCAUUUCACUUUACACUAAUAAGGAACAAAAGUGCCCUUUGUAUCUGGCCGCUGAACAAGGGCUUGUUGUGAUCGUGAAGCUAAUAAAAGAAACAGCAAUUGAGAAGAACACAGAAAUUCAAGGCAAGUCCCCAUUGAUUGCCGCAAUUCUAGGCCGCCAGAAAAAAGAAGUCCUAAAGAUAAUAUCAAAAAUGGAAGCAAAUAUUUUGAACUCAAAAGAUGAGAAAGGGAGGACUCCACUGCAUUGUGCAGCAUCAAUUGGUUAUCUAGAAGGGGUUCGCUUCUUAGGCAGACGUCUCAUGGAUUCUCAUCGAAGGGAUCAUUGUGGCAACUUUCCGAUCCAUUGUGCAUCAAGCAAAGGUCAUGUCGACAUUGUUAAAGAGCUGCUUCGACAUUGUCCCGAUUCAAUCGAAUUGAGGAACUCAAGUGACCAAAAUAUACUCCAUGUUGCAGCAAGAUGUGGUGAGGACAAUCUUGUCAAAUAUUUUCUCAAGAAGGUUGAGUUUCAAAUGUUGAUAAACCAAAAAGACAACAGAGGAAAUACUCCUUUGCACUUGGCAAAGAUGUACCAUCAUCCCAAGGUUGUGGACCUUUUCACUUUCGAUAGAAGGACCAACUUAAAGAUCUUGAAUGAUAGGGGCAUGACAUCUCUUGACAUUUCAGAAAGCACUUCGGAAACUAGUGCAUCAUAUCAUGGGGACCGGGUCGUUACAUUUUAUGCCUUCGAAUUCUUCGACAUCAACACCACCAACACCCCAAAAUGUUGUCACAUGACAGUUGGUGGUGGGUGGUGGCUGGAGAUGGUGGUUAAUGGGUGGCAGCAGUGA